AUGGCCCACAAUGAUAUUUACUGUGGCUUGUGCGGCGCCGCUCUCUCUAUACCUUUGUUUAGUGCAACUGAUGCCCCAGAUGAGAGUGGGCCAGGUAAUGGCCGACCCAGGAUCGAGGAUAUGGCAUGGUUGGAAGACGUCCGCAUGCUUCAUCAAACCAACCAUGAAACCACGAAUUUCGAAAGUGCGAAUCUAUCGUCCAUUGUCACCCGUCGGGAUGACGACGGGUGGUGGGAUCGGACGGGAUAUGUUCCAGCUCUUGAUGAUUUUGAAAAUACAACCCCAGAUGCCUUCAAGGUUUUUGACCCAUAUAUGGAGGGGAGAUAUCAUAUCAUUCCACUGCACGAUGCUUGCAACAAGGUCUUGGCAAAAUUCUUGAACUACUCCGUGGGCACUACACCAAAAGAUUACCUCAGAGUUCUUUUUGAGGCUUUACGAAGUUUCCACGACACAUCGUCUGACUUCUACGCUGGAAAAAUCAAGUAUGGCAAGAUCUCAAAACAACAUGGCCAGUUCUGGUAUCCAACUCUCACCACUAAAGCAUUCGUCUACGAUCCGUUCUUCACAUCUCCAGUACUGAAGACAUAUUAUGACAACUUGCCCGAGAUUGGAAAGGACGGAGACGAAAGAGAGGAUUCCGCAGUCUGCUACAUGAAAACAACCUCUAAACCAGACCCAUUCCGCAAGCUUCCGCCAGAGCUCCUCAUGAUGAUCCUCAUGCAUCUUCCCGCGCAAUCAAUACGUCAACUCAAGCUUGCCAGCAUCGCAAUAGUACAACUUCAAUUGCCAGAUAGCUUUUGGAAACAGAAACUCAAGCGUGACAUGCCUUGGCUUUGGGACUUCCCAGGCCAAGGUACGGAACAAACGCGGAAGGACUUGGAUUGGUUGCAGAUUUACAAGGACAUUUACAUCGGAAGCAAAGGCAAUGGGAAGAGCCCGUUCUUCAAUCUUACCAAUCGGAAUAGGAUAUGGAGGAUCUCCGAGCAAAUCGCACCUCGCUUUGUGAAGUGCCAGGAUGAAUGGAAAAUUGCUCAAGAGAGGGAAAGGGAAAAACUACCCGCUUUGACAAGCGAAAAGGAACGGAGACUCUGGCCGCGCCUGGACUGGCUCUGA